CAUUUCAUUUGUGUUUUGCAACUAGUAUCCGUCGGUCGUGCGAGUACGAAGUGAAUCCGAGUUCAAAUAAAAGCUUUUGUAUUUACAUUUAUGUGCAUUUAUUUCUUAAUAACGAACAACACACCCCCGCUAAUAAAAAAACACAGUAAAAUUGGUAAUUCUGUAAUUCCUUUUCUUGUGCGCGAACAGCGACCAAAACAUAUGGGUGGACCUUAGUCGCAGUCUUUUGGGGUGCUCGUUUUCAAACAAUAUUCGCGAACCAAAUUAUAAAUCAUAAUGAAUGUUAAGUCGAGAUCCAGCCUUUGGAGAUUAGCUAAAGAAGAUAAAGCGAAUAGAUCGUUAGCUUUGGAUGAUAUAGAACAUGAAUCUGAUUUCACAAAUAAAUCAAAUAUUUCUGCUCCAGAAUUACCUGGUGACUCGAAGCAGAAUGAGCCCAAUAAAUCGAUAAGAUCUAAUCAAAAUAAUUGUCUGACUCAAAACCAAUUUGAUCAACUCGUUCAAGUUCUAAGCUCCGAAAAUAUAAAUGUUACCCGACUAGAGCGGAGAAUUGAUAAAAUUGAGUCCCAGCUUUCGAUGCUGGCAGGCCAAAAUAUCAAAAUUCUUGCAACAUUAAAAAAAAUUGCGGACAAAUUUCAAACCUCUCUGCCGAAAGCAGAGUUUCCAAUAAAAGCAAUUGAAGAACUUGAUGAAAUAGAAGCUAAAGUAGCGGCAAACCCGGACAAAUAUGCUGAACUGUUCCGAACCAUCCUCUCCCCUGAGGGCGUGAGAAAGCACUUGAAUAGAAUUUUGGAUCAAUCAAUUCUCAUGAAUAUGAACUAUUCAGGAACGUGUUCCAAAACUGGCCUGAAUUCCUACGUAAACUUAAAUAUGGCUUUGUUUGAGUCACAAAAAAAGGAAGGAUACACAUUCGGAGACUAUGGGAAGGAUGUUCGAACGGCAUUCGCGAAAUUAAAAAAUAGGGUAUACAAAGCCGCAACAUUAUCCAAAAAAAUGCGUAAAGCGACAGAAGAUGAAGAUCUUGAUCUCGACUCUAGCUGCAAAAUGGAUUUCUCUCCUGACGUAAAUUAGUUUUCUUUACUUUAAGUUCUUUUCAUAGGUGUGAAAAAAAGAUAAGUGUUUUUAGAUUCGCAUUAUUGGUUUGACUUGCAGUCAUCCAAAAUGUUAAUUAUUCAAACAUGUUAACCAAAAGCGUUUCACCUAAAAAAAAACUCAAUUCCUUAGUUUCUCGUCCAUAACGAACAAUCGUUACAUCAAUAUUCAAACGCUACAAUUUAUAAAAUUCGUUUUGAAUUAAAAAUAAUGAUCAAACAUCAAAAAUA